AUGGCAAGAACGCCUGAAACCAUUAAGGACCUCCUGCGUUCAACACGAAGUGACGCGACUCCGACUGCCACCGACCCCUUCUACCCGUGGGGCGGCCUCGGACUCUUCUCCACGACGCCCGUCACAGGAAAAGGUUUCAUCAACUGCAACACGAACGCGCUGCAGUCGCUGGCCCAGCUGCAUGGCAAGUCGCCGUUCUUCCCCGGGCUGGAGGAGCAGGCGGCCCUGCUGGAGGAGUCUGGGCCGCACCUGGUAGACGGGCAGGUGCUGCCGCCGCCCGCGCCCUCCCUCAGCUCGCCGUCGCGCUCCUCGCCGCACAGCCAGGGCUCCGAGACGGGCGAGCGCUACUCCAGGAAGGUCUUCGUGGGCGGCCUGCCGCCGGACAUCGACGAAGAUGAAAUCACUGCUAGUUUCAGACGGUUUGGUCCACUGGUUGUUGACUGGCCACAUAAAGCUGAAAGCAAGUCCUAUUUCCCUCCAAAGGGAUAUGCCUUCCUUUUAUUUCAGGAUGAGAGCUCAGUACAGCAAUUAAUUGAUGCUUGCAUCCAAGAUGAUGAUAAACUGUACCUGUGUGUGUCUUCACCGACAAUAAAAGACAAGCCUGUGCAAAUCCGGCCAUGGCGUCUAUCAGAUGCGGACUUUGUGCUAGAUGCCUCGAUGCCACUAGAUCCUCGUAAGACAGUAUUCGUUGGGGGUGUGCCACGUCCUUUGAAAGCAGUGGAACUGGCCAUGAUUAUGGACCGUUUGUAUGGUGGUGUCUGCUACGCUGGUAUUGAUACUGAUCCUGAACUAAAAUACCCAAAAGGUGCUGGCCGUGUGGCUUUCAGCAGUCAGCAGAGUUACAUUGCAGCUAUUAGUGCACGCUUUGUUCAGCUGCAGCAUGGUGAUAUUGAUAAACGGGUUGAAGUGAAGCCAUAUGUUCUUGAUGACCAGAUGUGUGAUGAAUGUCAGGGACAGCGCUGUGGUGGAAAGUUUGCACCAUUUUUCUGUGCUAAUGUGACAUGCCUUCAGUACUACUGUGAACACUGCUGGGCUACAAUCCACUCAAGACCAGGACGUGAAUUCCACAAACCUCUAGUGAAGGAAGGAGCAGAUAGACCGAGGGCUGUGCCGUUCCGCUGGUGUUAACGUUGGAGCGCCCUAGCUCUGUGUGUGACGAACGGCUCUGAUGUGGCACCCACUUCACUUCACUGCACUAAUUACUGGGCAAAUACGGCAAAUAGAAAAAUUCUGUAGCAAGUGUGUUGUCGCGUCGCAGGAGACCACCGUCGUAACAACUGUAGGCUAGCUGUUUUCAUCGCUGUUUAUAUAUAUAUACAUAGACAUACAAUUAUAUAGUAAAAUAUAUAUAUAUACAUAUACGGUAUGUAACCACACAUUCUUAAAUAUCUUUUUUAAAGAAUGAGUCCUUCACAAUGUAGCCCGAUCGAACGGAUUGUACAUUGGACAACUUACUCUUUUUAAUUACUCGCCAGUUUGCAUGAGGCAAAAAAGAAAGAAAUCCCUGUCGUGGCCACUGAUAAUGUCGAUAUAAAAUGUACGUAGCAGGUGUAACAGUGUGAUUUCUUAGUUUCUCUGCCAAUAUUCGUGCAGAAUUUUUGUGAAUUUUCAGGGUAUUUGUAAAUAUGCAUUGAUAGUUCAAUCAACUUUUGUAUUUGUCGUACAAAGUGUGUACAGCCUGUUUAGAAAGCAAGCUUGCCCAUCUCCUGGUCUAUUUCCUGCUUUCCCUUAUCCUUGUGAUUUUCGUAUAUCCUGGUGUAAAUAGUCACUGUAAAAAUAAUGUAGUAUUCUUGUAUUAAUUUGUUUCAUAUUGAGAAGUGUACCUUUCAUAUUUAUUUUUUAGGUCUCAUUUUUGUACAUAAUGAAUUUUUGCCACCAACAGACACUUACCGUUAAAAGUCUCGUGUCACUAUUUGUCAGUGGAUGAAAGUCCUCGACUGACUUUUUUAUACGUGUCCUAGGUAUUGUACUACAUACCUUACAUAUUGAUUACAAUAUUUAUGAUGUAUUUAAGAGAAGAUAUUGGCAGAGAAACUAAUUUAACUUUUGUAGCUUUAUCAUGCACACAUUUUUAAACUACGUAUAUCGUCAGCUGAUAUACAAAAUAUAUAUUUAAAUAUACAUAUAUAUUAUAUAUAUAUAUUUAUCUUGGCUUUUUUGUCAUCCAGUCACCUUUCAGAAAUGCUACUUCAUUUCAACAGUUUUAAAAUUUUCUAUUUAUGAGCAAAUUGAUGGUAAAAGCUUAAAACCAAAAGCAGAGAAAAUUCAGCGAUCCAGUAAAUGGUGUCACAGCCAUUUUGAAUGUGACGUGCAUACAUAAUGCUAUGUAGUAAUUUGUAUCCUUGGUAGAUUUUAUGGAAAAUUAUACAGAAAAAUAGUCCAUAUUUUAGGUGUCAUCCCAUAGAAAUGCUCAGGCUGUUCCCCCUCAGUGUAUUGUAAAUGUCAUAGGUGUACCAACAUCAUGUAUCAUAGUAUGGGUAACUCUUGCCAACUGUACCUUCUGUUUAAAGACUGGUAUAGUGCACUUGAAGUGGGCCUACAUUGAUGGUCAGUGACAUUAUUUUAUUCUGGCGUAGUUGCAGAUAUAUGCCCGUGUGUAAUUGCUCAUUCACUGCUAUAUCUGGCCAAUGUUUAGUCAUCUAGUUGCCUUCAAACAGAGGGUGUGGAUGCUACUUCACUUGCCAGGCACGGGUUACCAUUUUAUCCAACCUCUAACUCACUCGAGUAGAACCUCGAUGUUUCCAUGUUGUGUGUCUUACCUCAGUUCGUGGACGGUGCAGGUAAUUUCCGCAUUGAUUCAUGAAUGCUAUGUGCAUUUUUGCUCUGCAUAUGGAGAGCCAAAUGUCAAUAACUAAUACCCUUAUAUGGAAUGGGACUCACCCUUCUUUUUAAUAAUCCUUUGUUCAAAUGUGUCAAUCAAGCAUUGUUUGGAAGGGCUUGUUUUGUAUGGAAAAAAUGUUAGUUGUAAAGGGCAUUUUACAUAAAGAAUUGCCCAUCUUCUCGUAAUCUGUGUGAUAAAAAGUGUAAUAAGUCAUGUAGGUACUUUGCACGAAUGUAGUCUUUUUCCAUAGAUUUGUAUUUUUGAGUGUUAAAGUUUUUUAUACUGCUGUUGUUAUCUUAGUUAAGGGUGUGAUGUAAAUGUGUGAGAAAGAAAAUUUGGAGUGGCCCGGCAGGAAAUGUAAGACCCUUUUAGUUUUCUAUUUUUCUUCAAUUUUUAAAAUUAGUCGUUCUCUGUGCAGGUGGAAGAGACGAACUGCUGGCAUUAGAUUGACCUCCCCGGGAGGAAAAAAAAAACCCAUAUCUAUAGUCAUUUCUUAUCUUAUGCCAGAGGAGGUCAAACCUCUGUGUUUUGUCUUUUCCUCUUAGCGCACCUCCUUAUCUCGACGGAGAGACGAGUGCUUAAAGCAAGCAGAGGUAGUGUAUAUUCUCACUUUCCUUCUCGUGUUUACAACAAUUGCACGUGAUCUCCCCAUACCAAAGAAAAUGUGAAACAUUAAUGUAAAGAUGCUCCUUCUUUCGUGAAACCCACUGCAUUCUUCGUCGGGUGGAUCGCUUUUCUAUACAGAUAUUUUCCUUUUUUAAUUUACAUAGAUAAAAUAUAAAUAUAAAUUGAUAUGUUUUUCAAUAGUUGUUGUCUAAUGUAGUGCAAAACGGUGCAAACUGCAACCUGUUUAUGAUACUUAUUGUAGUCAUGUACCAAAGUUUGGUGCACUUUAUUCCAACGCUGCAUUGGGUUAUGGUUGUUACUAUGAUGCCCUUUUUCACCAGUUCUGACAAGAUUUAUAAUUUCAAAUCCAGCAAAUUUCUGUGUAAAUUUUAAUUGUAGCACUUGUGCACAUUGGGUUUGCCUGGUUAGUUCUCUAGUCAUUUGUUGGGGUUAGUAUUGGGGCAAGCUUUGGUCUUGGUGUAGAAACAUACUGGUUCCUACCUUGGGAAUAUUGGUGACAGUAAUUGACAUAACCAACUACCAUUUUGGUACAAAUAAUUAUUCAUUUUAUAUCACAUUGUUUGUAAAAGAUAUAUAACUUCCCCCUUUUGUACUGUUUAUAAUGCUUCAAAUUCCAAGGGAUUACGAUAAUUUUGCAUAAUGAAAUAUGAAUGAAUGAAUUUCUAAAUACGUCUCUUGGAGUUUUAGGCUCAUAUGAUAGCCCUGUUAGCUGUUGUAAAAUUCGUUGUAGGUGUCAGGGAAGAAAAGUGUUAAUUUUUUUAUUGUUUGGUGCCAUCAAUUUGGGGUGUGGGAAGAUGUACAGAGUUUUAGUUUUGUAAAAGAAAAGAGGCGUUUCAGCAAGCAAUAUUACCUUGCUUAUUUUUAGAUUUCUCAGUGACCUUUUUUAAUACUGAUUUUUAACUGUUAAAUAGUUAUAUGUGUUUGAAAUAUUUAUUCAGUUUAUUGAUUGAAAAGAUUCUGUAUUUUAACUUUUUUACUUUCCUAAACUAGUUAUGUUGCUCUUCGUUUAAUGAGUUUUAUAUUGUAGAUGUAAUUGUUUCUUUUUGUUUUUGUUUGAAAUGCAUAUAAAUGAAAUGAACCUCAUGAUAUGCAUGGCAAGAUGUGAUCCUAGAGUUUAUUUGUUGUUGUGACGACCAUUAAUAAUUGCUGCUUAGCAGCCAAUGUCUCCUUGGUCCAUGGCAGUGUAAUGCUGGGCUUUCCAAAUUGAAAAGUGAGGCAAAGGGUUGGCAGGUAGGAAGAAUAUACAUAAUAGAUUGGCUUCAAGUUUUAUACUUGUUUUUAUACUUGCAUAAAUAGAGUAAUCCUACUUUGUCUGUGGCAAUCUUUAAAAUUGCAAUGAGUACGCUUGGGACCCUUGAGGGAAGUUAGCCAUUCACCCAACUCUUAAAGGAGAGAAAAAUGGUCAGAUGAUAGGCUGGCCUAAUAUACUGUAUCUUUUCUACAAAUAGAAUACCGCAAUUUAAAUAUAUAAAAAAAGAACAGUUGAUGUUAUGUGAUAGUUGUAUUUAAUACAAAAUCUACACGUGAUUAUUUUGUAGCCUUGGGUAACUUAUUUAACAUUUAGCACUAUAUUUAACUUUUUUAAUAAGACUUCAUAAAAUUGUAUAAAAUAUUCCAGUGUGAUGAUUCCAUGUAUUCUAAUGUAAUCAAUCAAUAACUUUUAUAGGUUUGCCUCCUAAUGGUAGGAUAUGCCUCAGCAGCACAAACACCAAAAGUACAGGUUUCUGUGUGAACAUAGGAAUAUAAUAACAGACAUGCCACUAAAUUAAGUAAUAGUGUCAUGGAGGUAAACAAAAAUUUUAAACUAUAUAGCAAGUAGAAUCUGGCGCAUUAUCAGCAGGUCUGACAGUUUGAUUUUCUACCAUCUUUCUUGUUAAACACAGAGGCUUUUUGGCACUCAAAUGAGGACGCUUUAUCAAAAUGAGCAUAUAGUGAUUGAUUCAUUAUCCUGUUGUUAGUUUUAGAAUUGUAACAAACUGGUUUGUGCUGUGUAAAUGUAUGCAUCAUGAACUCCUCCUGUAAUAAUACUAAGGUUGGAUGUUACAUGCUAUAUUUUGUGUUCCAAAUUGGCUGUCUGGGUUAUCAUACGUUCAGUCUCAGUACGAAUGCUGUCAGUUCUGUUUGUAUAGCAAUACAUGUGGAAUGUUAAAUUACUGAGCACUUUCACAGUGAAAGGUGUGUUGUAGACAGGGUAUGUCACCUUUUACAUCUGAAACAUGGAAAUGAAAUUUAUGGUUGUAGGUAAAGAAAUUGUAAUGCUUUACUUGUUUAUAAAGUCUACUUUUGGCCUUACAAAGUGCUACUGUGGAAGUGUAUGAACUGUAGGAACUGGUCAGAUAACAAAGGUGCUGAGUAGCUGCAUGAAAAUGGGAUAUAUAAUGUUAAAAUUGUUUCCAAGUUACCUGAUUAAAUGGAAAUUUCAUUCAGUAAAAGGCAUUAACAUUAUUGGAUACUCAAAAUGUUGUCCCAUUUUCUUGUAGUUUAGAGAGAGGUUUGCAUAUCCUGUAUGUACACAAUUCCAAUAGCAUUUCAUAAUUCUGGAUUAUAAAUGUGUAUAUCUAUUUUCUUAUCCAAACAUAAAAGAGUUGUUGAAAUACAGCUACAACAAAAUUCAAUUUUUGAGUAACAAUUGUAAAGAACUGGACAUUGAAAGAAAAAAAACCAGUCAUGUAAAUUUUUGUCCUUUCUAUGUCCUGUACAUGUUUUAUCUAAUGUAUUAGUCGAUACAGAGGUUAUAUUCAUCCAAAACUACAUGGUGCUUCAUUUUUAGAUUAUGUAUAUUUUUUAUUUUUUGUACAUUUGAGAAGAAAAAAUUGUUAAUUUCACACAUAACUCUUGAUAUAAAAUAGUAAUACUAUGCAUCUCAUGAGCAGGAGAAUAUAUAAAGACUUUUUUUAAGUUUCUUGUUACACUUAACCUCUAGUUAUUACUACUGUGCAGUAUUAUUGUAUACUGAAUUAUUCAUACUAUGUGAAAUAGUCCUUUUCUGGGUAUACGUGAAAAUUUCUGUAUGGUUUGCAGAGUAUUACCCUGCAAUGCCUCCACUAUCCCCAUCCUUUUCAGGCUGCAACAGGAUAUUACCUUCGUCCUAAUGCUAUUGGCAUUGGAUGUAUACCCUAGACUUGUUGGAAAAUUUGGAAUAUUUUGGUUGAAAGACGAGUGAAGUUUAGUGGCUGUUUUGCUGAGAGGAGAACAAACCACAUAUCUCCCCACAACAGCUUGUGAUAGAGAUCUCUUGUUGUACAGUAAUAGAUAAUUAUUUUGAUUGUGAUAACCCAAAGAUCCCUACGCUAAGCUAUUGAACUUUGUAUGCAGAAUAAUGCAAAUGACCACUAUUCUCCAUUAUUACUGUCUAGUGCAAUACUGUAAGAAAUUCCCUCGGCAACAUGUAAGUGUGUAAUAAGUGACAUACAUCUUAUGCAAUUUGAAUUCACUUUGUUAAGGUAUUUGGUGGAUUGUUACCAUCUUCAUAACUCGUGCUAGCUGCAAGAGCUAAAAGUGACUCCCAAAGCUGUCCAUGUCCAACAAGCCAAGGGAAUAAUCUGUGGAAGACUUGCCCUGUGACAUUAGGACAGUUGUGGCAAUAGGAUGGGAAAAGUACCCCUCAGUAAAUCGAGAAAUUCUGUAGAUAAGCAGGGUUUUUAGUGGAAUUAACUGAGUUUUGCAGCCCUUGCUGUGUUGACUGUAGAAUCCCAUUGCCCCUGAGGGUAUCACCUAACUGUUCUAGUUCACUUUGCUAGGUAAACAGAAAAGCACUUGUUAGUAUUCUGAUAUUAAUAUGGGGUACUUUGUGUGCAUUUCAUCCACUACCUACUACUAUUUUUAUGAAUUUUUGUACAUUUUUCUAAUUUUUGUAUGACGUACUCUGGGUGGCGGGAAGUGGCUGUUAAUGCUAGCUCGCCGCUUGGGAACUCAUUUGUUGCCUGCCCUUCGCUCACUGUUUGUUUGCACCAGGGACUCAAAAGAAAAAAAAUUACCAUCAGCCACUUCCUGGUGCCUGGCAUUGCUUAUUUGUACCAGGGGAGUUUUUCCUAGUUAUAUUUGUUGGAUAUCAAACUUUUUAUGUUUUAUAAAAUAAUUAUAAAAAAAUGUGAACUGUGUUUAUUUGAUAAAUAUUGGUGUUAAUUCUUCAUGGCAAA